AUGAUCGUUGCACUAAAUAAAUCUUGGCCAAAUUAUUUUCUUCGUAGUGAAUCAGAAAUCCUGCACCAUGAGAAGCAGUAUGAGCCAUUCUACUCAUCUUUUGUUGCACUUUCUACACACUAUAUUACAACGGUUUGCAGCCUCAUUCCCCGGAACCAACUUCAGUCGGUGGCAGCAGCCUGUAAAGUCCUGAUUGAGUUUUCUCUCCUACGCCUGGAGAAUCCAGAUGAGGCUUGUGCUGUGUCCCAGAAACACUUGAUUCUCCUCAUCAAGGGCCUGUGCACUGGCUGUAGCCGAUUAGACAGAACUGAGAUUAUCACGUUUACAGCAAUGAUGAAAUCUGCCAAGCUGCCACAAACAGUGAAGACACUCUCAGAUGUGGAAGAUCAGAAAGAGUUGGCCUCACCAGUAAGCCCAGAGCUGAGGCAGAAGGAGGUACAGAUGAAUUUUUUGAACCAGCUGACAUCAGUUUUCAACCCUAGAACUAUAGCAUCACCGCCCGUAGGCCCACAGACUCCGGUGGAAGGAGAAAACGAUGAGCAGUCAUCCACAGACCAAGCCUCUGCAAUCAAAACCAAGAAUGUGUUCAUAGCUCAGAAUGUGGCUAGUCUUCAAGAGCUUGGUGGCUCAGAGAAACUACUGCGUGUCUGUUUGAACCUGCCAUAUUUCCUACGCUACAUCAACCGGUUUCAAGAUGCAGUGCUGGCAAAUUCCUUCUUUAUCAUGCCCGCAACAGUAGCAGAUGCCACUGCUGUUCGUAAUGGUUUUCAUUCACUGGUGAUCGAUGUAACCAUGGCAUUGGAUACCCUUUCUCUACCUGUGUUGGAACCUCUCAAUCCUUCUCGUCUGCAAGAUGUGACAGUCCUCAGCCUAAGUUGUCUAUAUGCAGGUGUGAGUGUGGCAACCUGUAUGGCCAUCCUUCAUGUGGGCAGUACUCAGCAAGUGCGGACAGGGUCCACGAGCUCCAAAGAAGACGACUAUGAGAGUGAUGCAGCUACGAUUGUCCAGAAAUGUCUUGAAAUUUAUGACAUGAUUGGACAAGCAAUCUGCAAUUCUCGCCGGGCUGGUGGUGAGCACUAUCAGAACUUCCAGUUGCUCGGUGCCUGGUGCUUGUUAAACAGCCUUUUCCUCAUAUUGAACCUCAGUCCUACUGCCUUGGCUGAUAAGGGGAAAGAGAAAGACCCACUGGCUGCCCUCCGAGUCAGAGACAUCCUUUCUCGGACCAAAGAGGGCGUGGGCUCUCCGAAACUGGGGCCUGGAAAAGGGCAUCAGGGAUUUGGGGUGCUCUCGGUAAUUUUGGCAAACCAUGCUGUCAAGCUGUUAACAUCCCUCUUUCAAGACCUGCAAGUGGAGGCUCUGCACAAGGGCUGGGAGACAGAUGGUCCCCCUGCAGUCCUAAGCAUCAUGGCUCAGAGCACCUCCAUACAGAGAAUUCAACGGCUGAUUGACUCUGUUCCACUGACGAACUUGCUGUUGACAUUACUCUCAACUUCCUACAGAAAGGCAUGUGUCCUGCAGCGUCAGAGGAAGGGCUCCAUGAGCAGCGAUGCCAGUGCCUCUACUGACUCAAACACCUACUACGAGGAUGAUUUCAGCAGCACAGAGGAGGACAGCAGCCAAGAUGAUGACAGUGAGCCUAUUUUGGGGCAGUGGUUUGAAGAGACCAUCUCCCCCAGUAAAGAGAAAGUGGCACCUCCACCUCCUCCUCCACCCCCUCCUCUGGAGAGCUCUCCAAGAGUUAAAAGCCCCAGUAAACAGGCCCCUGGUGAGAAGGGCAACAUUUUGGCCAGUCGCAAAGAUCCUGAGUUGUUCUUAGGUCUGGCUUCCAACAUUUUGAACUUCAUCACCUCUUCCAUGCUGAACUCUCGGAACAAUUUUAUCCGAAACUAUCUGAGUGUAUCUCUUUCAGAACACCAUAUGGCCACCCUGGCCAGUAUCAUUAAGGAGGUGGACAAAGAUGGACUCAAGGGUUCAUCAGAUGAAGAGUUCGCUGCUGCUCUCUAUCACUUCAACCACUCUCUGGUGACUUCUGACCUCCAGUCACCUAACCUGCAGAACACACUAUUGCAGCAGCUGGGAGUUGCUCCUUUUUCUGAGGGCCCGUGGCCCUUGUACAUCCACCCUCAAAGCCUCUCUGUACUGUCACGCCUCCUGCUCAUCUGGCAACAUAAAGCCGCUGCUCAAGGUGACCCUGAUGUCCCUGAAUGCCUUAAAGUUUGGGACAGGUUUUUGUUGACAAUGAAGCAGAAUGCCUUGCAAGGGGUGGUGCCCAGUGAGACAGAAGACUUGAACGUAGAACACCUGCAGCUGCUCCUUCUCAUUUUCCACAACUUCACUGAGAAAGGCCGGCGGGCCAUAUUGGUCCUUUUUGUGCAGAUCAUCCAGGAGCUGAGUGCCAACAUGGAGGCCCAGAUGCGCUCUGUGCCUCUCAUUCUGGCUCGCCUUCUUUUGAUCUUCGAUUAUCUGCUUCACCAGUACUCCAAGGCCCCUAUGUAUCUGUUUGAGCAGGUGCAGCAUAACCUGCUCAGUCCUCCUUUUGGUUGGGCAAGUGGAUCCCAAGACAGCAACAGCCGCCGGAUGACCACACCCCUCUAUCAUGGUUUCAAAGAAGUAGAAGAAAACUGGUCCAAGCAUUUUUCAUCAGAUGCUGUGCCACAGCCCAGAUUCUACUGUGUCCUGUCCCCAGAAGCCUCAGAGGAUGAUUUGAACCGACUCGAUUCUGUGGCAUGUGAUGUUCUCUUCUCCAAGCUUGUCAGUUAUGAUGAGCUUUACACUGCCCUGACGUCCCUGCUUGCAGCUGGUUCCCAGCUUGACACGGUCAGGAGAAAGGAAAACAAGAAUGUUACAGCGCUGGAGGCCUGUGCCCUUCAAUAUUACUUUUUGAUACUGUGGAGGAUCCUAGGAAUUUUACCACCAUCAAAGACCUACAUGAACCAGCUGGCCAUGAACUCACCUGAGAUGAGUGAAUGUGACAUCUUACACACUCUGCGGUGGUCUUCUCGCCUGCGGAUCAGCUCCUAUGUCAACUGGAUAAAGGAUCACCUUAUCAAACAGGGAAUGAAGGCUGAACAUGCUGGUUCUCUCCUAGAACUGGCUUCCACUAAGUGCAGUUCCGUGAAGUACGACGUUGAAAUUGUAGAGGAAUACUUUGCUCGACAGAUCUCAUCAUUCUGUAGCAUCGACUGUACCACCAUCUUGCAGCUCCAUGAAAUUCCUAGUCUGCAGUCCAUCUACACCCUUGAUGCUGCUAUCUCAAAGGUCCAGGUCUCCUUGGAUGAGCACUUUUCCAAGAUGGCUGCUGAGACUGAUCCUCAUAAGUCAUCUGAAAUCACCAAGAAUCUACUCCCGGCUACACUACAGCUCAUUGAUACCUAUGCGUCAUUCACUAGAGCCUAUUUGCUACAGAACUUUAAUGAAGAAGGAUCCACUGAGAAACCUUCCCAGGAGAAAUUGCACGGCUUUGCUGCUGUUCUGGCUAUUGGCUCUAGUAGGUGCAAGGCAAACACUCUGGGUCCAACACUGGUUCAGAAUUUGCCAUCAUCAGUGCAGAGUGUGUGUGAGUCCUGGAACAACAUCAGCACCAAUGAAUUUCCCAACAUCGGAUCCUGGCGAAAUGCCUUUGCCAAUGACACCAUCCCUUCAGAGAGUUACAUCAGUGCUGUGCAGGCUGCUCAUCUGGGAACUCUUUGUGGCCAAAGCCUGCCCUUGGCUGCUUCCCUGAAGCACACCCUCCUCUCUCUGGUCAGGUUGACUGGGGAUCUUAUUGUUUGGUCCGAUGAGAUGAACCCGCCACAGGUAAUCCGGACCCUGCUUCCCCUCCUGUUGGAGUCGAGCACUGAGAGUGUCGCUGAGAUCAGUAGCAACUCCCUGGAGCGCAUCCUGGGCCCCGCGGAGUCGGACGAGUUCUUGGCUCGUGUGUAUGAAAAGCUGAUCACUGGUUGUUACAACAUUCUGGCCAAUCAUGCGGAUCCCAAUAGUGGACUGGAUGAAUCCAUCUUGGAGGAAUGUCUCCAAUAUUUGGAAAAGCAACUGGAAAGCAGCCAGGCUCGUAAAGCCAUGGAAGAAUUCUUCUCUGAUAGGUGA